GUUUUACACAUAAACAACAAAUCCUUAAAGUUCUCUUUCUUUGGGAGACUAAAUUCAGAAUAAAAUUUUUAUAUUUAUAUCAGCUCAGCCUGAGAAAUGUGUAAAUGUUUCGCUCUGGAGUGUUUCUGCCCUUACAUAAAGUAAAACCCGAUUUUCAUGCAGUGUCAAUAUUUUUAUACAAUACCAAAAAUCUUUCAGCAUAGCUAGUGAAGAAGAGCCUGAAAAAUCUGCAGAUUGUGGCGAUUCAAAUACGAGUUUGAUGUUACAUUUAUGGCUAGUUGUGCUAGGUUGUGUUUUAAUCUCAGCUGCUUCUUCUUCUUUGAGCUGAUGCCACAGCAGAUCAUCUUCCUCCAUCUCACCAUAUCCUUAACAUUCUUCUCUUCCACACCCUCUGCAUGUCCUCCCUCACUACAUCCAUCAAUCCUCUGAGGUCUUCCCGUUUUCCUCCUGCCUAGCAGCUCCAUAUAUCCACUACCCCUCCUCUGCCAAACCAUCUCAGCCAUGGCUCUGAAUCUGUCUCCAAACUCCUCACCCUAACAUCUCCCUCUGAUGUACUCACUUAAAGUCCAUCCUGGUCACUCCCAAUGAAAAUUGUAACAUCUUCAGAUUCACCUCCUCUCUUUUUGUCAAUGCCAUCGCCUCCAAACCAUACAGGUUGGAGCAGGUCUCACGUCCACCUCCAUGCAGAUUUUUUGCUCUCAUUCAAAAAAUGAAAAAAACAUCAGAAAAGACUUAAAAUGGGCCGCAUUGAGCCAUUGCUUUCAUUGUUUUCAAAGCACAUUUUGAUGAUUUUUCACGAUGACCCUAACAUCUUUUAUCAGCAUUUAGUAUAACAUGACACAUAGUUACUCCAUCCUCUCUGUACAUACUACAGCAUCCACUCUUGAUUCUCAUACUUCAGAGGAUAUUUUGGCCAGGUGAAGCUGCCAGACUGUGAUAUUUGUCCUUGUGAGUAUUUAUGAGUGUGUUUAUCCCUCUGUACCCCCAUCAUGCCCUCCACCCAGAUCUCUGAGUCAUCCUUUAGCCUGAGCAGCUAAUAAUAACCCCGUGUCCCUUCUGCUAUUUUAGGCCUUUAGGGCCUGGAAAGCUGGGGCAUGUGCACGAGCAUGCUUGGAGCAGGGGUGAAAAAAACUAGGGUGGGCUAAAUCAGACACACAAACAUAGUUAGCAGUAGGAGGGGCGGCUCUGGGGCAUCCUGCAGUUGCUCGGUGACUCUCAGGAGCAGUAGGACCCUUGGGAAAAAUCUACACUUUCCCUUUGGCUUUAAAAUAAUAAGAUUUCACUGUUGGGAUUGAACCUGAGUUUAUUUGGAUUUAUUUUGUCACAGUGUGGCUCCUGAAAGACCCAUCAGGAGAUCGAAUUGAUUUAACUGCUGUGCCACUGGGUGCAGCCAUAUGUUUUGGCCAUCGGGUGUCUGGAUGUGUGAGAACUGGGGGAGCAAGAAGAGUGACUGACGAGAAGAGACAAAAUCUAACACAGCGUUUGUUCAUGGUGACACAAGACAAGGAGACAUGUCGAGGCCCUCUUCCACCCAGACCACUCCUCAGUUCUACAGGGUCAGCGACAGAGAUCUCACCGAGAUCGAGCUGCAUUCUGUCGAUUCCAUCAACGACCUCCACCGAACACACCCCGAGCACAGCCACAAAGGUAAAAUCGCCCCAAACACACCAUCCACACUGCAGAGACACAUACAAACACUCACACUGACUCUAAAUGCGAUUUCAGGAAUGAGGCCUCCUCGUCCGGCGUACACACCUUCGCCAAAUGGGAACAUUUAUACCUGCGACACAACAGUGGCCAAUCAAAGAGGCCACCCAGGCAGCAAAUCCUGGCAGAGCCGACUGCAGGACAUGCUGACGCCAAGUUCAUCCCGGGCCUAUGCCAUGGGCUGUGCUAUUAUCACUUUGCUUCUGCUCACAGUGUUACUAAUUUUUUACUUCUUAGUCCAGCAGGGCGGUGCAAUACGGAUGCUGACGGAGGCAGUGAGAGAAAAAGAGGCUGCGUCCACAGAGCUGUCACUGCUGAUCCAAGAGCUGCACGCACUGAGGCACAACCUGACAGCCAAGAGAGUGGCAGGAGGGACGUGA